AUGUAUUCUCUGCCACAGGUGUAUGUCUACCUGAAAGAUAAAGUACAUGACCUGUACACUCUCUUGGGCAAUACAGAAAUAAUCAAGGACACAGCCAAUCCUGUGUUCAUCUCGUCAGUAGACUGUGACUUUCGAUUCGAAGAGCACCAGGUACUCCGAAUUCUGGCAAUGAAUAUCAGUAAAGUCGGAGGGGGUCCUCAGGCGCAGGAGCUUAUGG